AAAAGGAAAAUCCAAAAUUAUGUUCGCCCCUUUCGUCCAAUCCCAAUCUAGAUUGGAUUUAUUAUUAGGCUUGUUUAUCUCAUCCUAGUGGUGGCCCUUACGCCAAGGCAGUUCUCUCCAAUAUCAAUCUCGCUCAGCAUCUCACUCACACUCAUGGCCGACCCAGAAACCACCCAACUCAAGGGUCGAGCCGCCGGUGGCACCGAGUAUAGUUGGUGCAAAGCCGUGCCUGGCGGCACCGGCAUAACCGCUCUAGCUAUCCUCCUCUCAAAAGCCCCUGAUUUUUCCCUCCUCCAAGCCGCCCUCCACAAGCUCCAAAAUGCCUACCCGAUCCUCCGCUCCAAGCUUCACUUCGACCCAAAAACCAACGCCUUCUCCUUCUUCACAACCCAAAAUCCUUACCUCCAACUCGAAACUUUCGAUCUCUCUUCAACCUUUGGCAUCCUCCAAACUCUCCCGGAUCCAGAAACCGACUCCGUUUCCCCAUUCCACCGCAUCUUCGAGCACCAGCUGAACCUCAACACUUGGCACAAUCCCGACCCUUCAUCCAACACCGAAACCGACCUCUUCUUUGCGAGCGUCUACACUCUAAGCAACGAUGAGUGGGUGGUGACGCUCCGUCUUCACACGGCGGCCUGCGACCGCACCUCGGCGGUGGCUUUGCUUAGGAAAUUGCUGGCAUUAAUGGGAGGAGGGAGGGAGAAGGAAUUGGAGAAGGAAACGGAGCUGAGCUUGGGAAUUGAGGAUAUGAUCCCCAAUGGGAAAGCCAACAAGCCAUUCUGGGCGCGUGGAGUGAACAUGCUUGGCUACUCUCUCAAUUCAUUUAGGCUCUCUAAUUUGAAUUUCAUAGACGCUAACUCGCCGAGAUCGUCGGAAGUGGUGAGAUUGCAUCUCCCUGCGGAUCAUACUGCUCUCAUUACUGCUGCCUGUGAGUCCAGAGAGAUUAAGCUGUGUGGGGCCCUGGCAGCCGCUGCAUUGAUUGCCGCACAUGCAUCCAACCAUCUUCCUGAUGGACGGUGGGCCAAAUAUGGUGUUGUAACUCUCAUCGAUUGCCGUUCUAUUCUUGACCCCGUUCUUCCCAGCGAUCAUAUCGGAUUUUACCAUUCUGCCAUACUGAAUACCCACGACGUGAACGGGAGCGAAACACUCUGGGAGCUAGCCAGGAGAACCUACGGGUCCUAUGCAAAUGAUAAGAACUACAACAAGCACUUCUCGGACAUGGCUGACCUCAAUUUCCUCAUGUGUAGAGCCAUUGAGAACCCCGGCUUGACUCCAUCAGGGUCGCUCAGAACUUCAUUAGUCUCGGUGUUCGAGGACUGUGUGAUGGACGAGUCCAACCAACUGUAUCAGGAGAUGGGGGUGAAGGACUACGUGGGAUGCGGUUCGGCUCACGGCGUUGGACCCUCCAUUGCUUUGUUCCACACCAUACGAGAUGGGCAGUUGGAUUGUGCCUGUGUAUACCCCUCCCCGCUGCAUUCCAGGGAGCAGAUGCUGGAACUGGUUGAUGCCAUGAAGAGGGUCCUUGUGGAUGGUUGUGCCACUGGCGAGUGAGGGAUGUUGAGAACUGGACUAGAGCAGCUUAGAGGCCUCUUGGGUUUAGGCUGUUUCAUUGUGGGCCGACUCCUUAUGAUGAUUGGAACUUGGAAUAAAGGAUAACGUAGGUGCUCUCUCAUGGGCCAACCCUUCAUCA